UGCGGAAAGAAAUGGUCGGUAGGAGGAGGGUUUUGGGUUGCCGUUGUUGUUGGGAAUUUCGCGCUCGCGCAAGCGCACCGCGCGUUUGCGCACUCCUCUCCAACGGGCGGAAAAGCUAGCAGCUGGCCAACAUUGUCCGUCGGGCAGAAGUUCGCCAGCAUCGGUCGUGCAGUGCAGACCAGACCAGACCAGACGGACCGAACAGUGUCCCCAGUGGGUUUUCCCAGCGCGGUACUGAGUGCUUGUUAGUUGUCCUCUAGCGAUCAUCGGCGAUCACAUCAGAUUGAGAUUGAUUGGAGCGACAGUGGCAGCAGCAGCAGCACGAGAGGCCCAUCAAAUUUUGAGAAAGGCUUUCCCAGAGGCACCCACAGUAAAAGGCGGAGAGAGAGAGUGAACACUCCCAAACAAAAGGAAGGGGAGUCACUGGAUAAAGCGAGCCCCAAAGUACCUCAAAAGCGAGAGAGAGCGAGCUCAGGUGAAAAGUGCGUCCAGCUCGUUCACCAUCAGUCAUCGUUCGAAGGCGUGUGGAGUCGCAUGAUCGCAGCCCGUGCCUAGAUCAUUACGUUUACCAUCGGUUACGGUUGACCAGCGAGCUGUUUUAGUGUCCGCGGAAAGUUUGUCUACAGACGCUCUCGUACCAGACAAUUCAACUCGACACUUCCUCGACUUGGGUUCGUGUCGUGUCUGUCAAGCGAAGGGUUAAAGUCGCGACCGCGUGUGAGUAGGAAGUGGCGGUGCUAUCUGCUGUGGUCGUGCACGUGUCCAAACGCGCAACAAACACACACCCGACCCGACCGGCUAGUGUUUUGAGAGGUCACACUCGAUAUAAGCCCAUAACGGUGAACACAGACGGGAGGUUCGUUCGUGCACUUGAACGAGACAUAAAACACCCAAAAGGACAUAUAAACACUUGCGAACGUUUGCUUCUCGCCGCGUACCCUUUAUCGCAGCGCGCGCGCGUGUGUGUGUGUGAAUCGGUUUUAGAUUGAAAGCACUUCCGGGCACCAUAAAGCGUGUGCGAACUGUAGUCAACCGCUGUGCCGAGAGAGAGAGGGAGAGAGAUCGUGCAAAAACACUUUUUCCAUCGCCGGUAGUCAUCCAAGGUGGUCGACUUGGCAUCCGUCAGCGAAACGCGCCGUAGUAGUUGUAGCGAGGGCAGUUCCACUGCUCCACCAGACGACGAACGUACAGUGCCGCCCAGUGGCGAAGGAAUCGCCAGCAGUGACACCAGCAGUGUUGUGUGUGGUGAGUUGGUGCGUGAACAAAACGCCUGCCAGGAAGCACAGGAUCAGCAGCAGCAGCAGCAGCAGGAAGAAGGUGCCUUACUCGAUCGAAUCCACAAGAUGACGGACGUAGCACACGAACUUGGCGCACUUCGAUUGAUCGUGGACUCUCCACUGUCGUCGAAGGUGGCCCUAUUUAACCAGACUGCCCAGAGCCACCGGGAAUCGCAACUCUCCAAUCCGUUCUCCGAUGCACAGGCGUCACGCGGCAUGGCCAGGCUACAGAUCAGCAAGGAGGAGUAUGGCAAACCCAAGGCGGGCAGCUUAACUGAGUACCGAGGCAAGAAGGCCAACAUCCAGGUGUACCAGGAAAUGCUCGAACUCUGCCAGGUGAUCGACGUUGACGGCAAGCCCGUGUCGAAGAAGAACCCCGACAUCAAGAUGAUCUACUUCGGCGAACUGUUUAAUAUUUACACACACAUUAACGACAAGCUGGUCGGACUGUUGCUGCGCGCCCGCAAGCACGACCUCAUCCAGUUCGAGGGUGAAUGUCUGUUCCAGCGGCGCGACGACCACGUGCCGGUGUACCUUACCAAACCGGUCGCCCAGAUCCGGGACAUUCUCGUCGGCAAGCAGACGGAAAUUCGGCGCAGUUUAAGUCCCAACCCGCAGCCUACCAACAUGUUACCUUAGGAAUGCUAGAACCUAUAGUAGCAGUAAGCGCGUGUCGUCAAGUCGUCAGCUCUCGUCGUCAGCCGCCACCACCACCACCGCCUACUUCUGUUGUGAAGGUGGGGAUCCAUCGGAGCAACGGAUUGUGUCCUCUCUCGUCAGCCGGAAUGAAUGGCGCUGUGUGUGUGUAGUGUGUAAAAGGAUGUAGUGUGUGGGAAUGAGUUGUCUGUGCAAAUCAAGGAGGACACGAGAGAGGAUAUAUUGCUACGGCCGAGGAUAGUGAUACUGCCGCACGCGACACGAUCGUGAUGGGAUCAGCUGUUGUCCCAUUGCCAAACUCAUAUGCCACAAUUUGAUCUGUAUAUUUUUGGGUAGCGUAUAGAGUGAAAGCGAGAGAGAGAGGAGCUAUGUUAGUCGUUAGUGGUAGUCGUCGAUUCUGAUGUGACUAUUGUAUUUCCACUGUUGUGUCGUCGUCUUCGUCGUUGUAGCUGUUAAGUGAUCGUCCUCCUCACAGAGUUGGUGUGAGCGAUGGAGAGAACAGGUUUUGGGAAGGGUGCGGUGUAAAAAGAUCGCCGCAGCUCCCUUGUAGUGUUUUGGUUCCGUUUUGGAUCGGAUAUUAUGAUUUUUGUGUGAGUGUAUCUGUGUCGUUUUUCGGGUCGUGCGCAUUCGUUCGACUGAUUCCAGGGAUGUAUACCAAAUACAAUAGAAUGCGGUUAGCAGCAACCGAGGUUAGAGUGCAGGUUAGGGGCAGAAAGCUGCAUAGAAAUGUUAGCGAACCAAAUUAGUGAAGUAGUAGCAUUAAGUGUGCAAUGUGUAAGCUAUACUAGUACCAGCACUAAAUUCUCCAAACUCGAUCUUUCGAUCUUGCAUAUCGGCCGUUAGGUUUAGACCACCAACACUUUAGAGUCCCUUUCAAGGCUUAUCGUUUGUUUUUUUUUUUUUUGUAUUUCCAUGCAAUAUCUCUCACAUAGUUGUAUCUUUAUCUGCUUGCUUUCCUUUUUCGCAAUGAUUUGUUUCGUCUUUCUCUAAACUUUCCCAUUUACCCGAAAAGCUAUCGAAUCCGCUUGUCAGUAGUGACAGUAUUAAGCUAGUUGUAAGGUUAUCUCAUCAUCACGACCACCUCCCGUCCCGUCGGGCCCUUCGGUAAAGCAUCAAUGCUACAGCUCCACAAGUGCGGUGGGGUAGUGUGCAAUAGUUAGUAGAUCGUGUGGGUUGGGCCUCUCGCUACUGUACGGAAGAUGAUAUGUUGAUACAGCCAACAUUUGCAAGAAAAUAAUAAAGAAAACGGAAACUGAA